UUUUUUUAUUUUGUUUUAUAAUUAUCAUUAGUGCAACAAAUAGUUAUAGAAAAGUACAAUUAACAUAAUUUGUUUGCAUUAUUUUAAAUAUUUACAUGACUGAUGUGAUGAUCUAGAGAAAUAUGAUGAGAUGCCAAGAUAACUGUGGUACCAUAUGAUGGUGUUAUGAGGUGCAGUCCAAGUGGUAGAUGGGCUCAAGGUCUAUAUUUUUCUUUUUUUUUUUGCAGACUUGUCAGACUGACAGGUCAUCCAGUUCUGGACCCCAGUUAUUUGCACCGUCCUUUUUUUUAUCUAUUUCAGAAUCAGACGACACAAAUGAAACUCUGAGACAAAGUGAUUAUUUCUAGUUUUUUUUUCCUGCCACCUUUAGUACAGGAGGUGUGUUAGAGGGGUGGUAUGCGUCUGUGUCACAGUAACGCACACACAGCGCUUAGACAGGACAAACAACUAAUGGGAUGAUAAGGGCAAAGCAGAAGCGCACCAGACAAGAGCAGGUGUAACUUCACUUUCUGUCAGGAGACAGAAGCCUGAAGGCAGCUUCUCAAUGGCUUACCUACCCCGGAGAUGGAGGGUCUUACUGGUGUUGAACUUUGUAGCCUUUAUUGGGUUCCUAACCUUUUGGACUAAGUGCAACACACGCAUUCCCAAUGGUUCAGAUAUGGAUUUUGAGACUAGUGAGAAAAGAGAGUGGGAGAACAUGUUUGUGGUGCAGGAACCCAGGAUGAUACAGGAGGGUCUGAUGAACAGGAUCAGGGAACUGGAGGAUGUGGUGUACCACCAGUUACAUGGUCUUUCUGCACCACUGGGCCUGGUUGAGGGCAAGAACGGACCUGGCCUAACCGGAGGCCCUGUCCAUCUGUCUCCUGAGGAGGACAGCAUCGCCAAAAUAGUUAAGGAAAACUACGGCUACAAUGCUUAUCUGAGUGACAAAAUCUCUCUGGACAGAACCAUACCAGACUUCAGGCCAACCAAAUGUAAAAACAUGACCUACCCUAAGGAUCUGCCCCAGAUCUCCAUCAUCUUCAUCUUCUACAACGAGCGCCUGUCAGUGCUCCUGCGCUCAGUCCACACGGCCAUCAAUCACACGCCACCUCAGCUGCUCAAGGAAAUCGUCUUAGUGGACGACAGCAGUGAUGAUGAGCAGCUGAAAGAACCACUGGAGACUUACGUGAACAAACGCUUCCCCGGUAAAGUCAAGAUUGUCAGAAACCAGAGGAGAGAGGGACUGAUCCGAGCCAGGAUCGAAGGAUGGAAAGCAGCCACUGGAGAUGUGACUGGAUUUUUUGAUGCACAUAUGGAGUUCACACCCUACUGGUCAGAGCCCAUUCUGGCCAGGAUACAGGAAAACCACAAGAGAAUCCUCCUGCCCUCCAUCGAUAACAUCAUGCACGAUACGUUUGAGGCAGAAUAUUACGGAAACUCGGCCCACGGCUACAACUGGGAGCUUUGGUGCAUGUACAUGAACCCGCCCCAGGCGUGGUACGAUGCUAAAGAUGAAACUCUUCCCAUCAGGACUCCUGCCAUGAUUGGCUGCUCCUUUGUGGUUAACCGCCUGUUCUUUGGUGAGAUUGGUCUGCUUGAUUCAGGCAUGAAUGUCUACGGUGGAGAGAACAUUGAACUGGGCAUCAAGGUGUGGAUGUGUGGAGGCAGUAUGGAGGUAAUGCCUUGCUCCAGGGUCGCUCACAUUGCACGAGUAAAAAAACCCUACGCCGACAAAGACCUUGGCAUUCACACACGACGCAAUGCUCUGCGUGUAGCUGAGGUCUGGAUGGAUGAGUACAAGGCCACCGUCUACAUGGCCUGGAAUCUUCCUAUGGAGAACAGUGGUAUAGACAUCGGAGACGUCUCUGAGAGAGUUGCCCUGAGGAACCGUCUGCAGUGCAAGAGCUUCGAGUGGUAUCUAAACAAUAUUUACCCGGAUUUGAUUAAGUACAAUGGCACAUUGUACUAUGGCGAGGUUCGAAAUACUCUGGUCCAACAUCUGUGUCUGGAUCAAGGUGAGAAGGCCAAUCAAAAACCCAUUCUACAUCCCUGUCAUGGAUGGAGUCCUCAGAUGGGACGUUAUAAUAAAAAUGGGAGGCUGUACGUGGGCUCAAUGGGCAGCAUCGGGGAGGACACACGCUGCCUGGUGGACAAUGAGGUCAGCGACUUCCCUCAGCUCAUCGACUGCAACAAAGCCAAGAAUGAGCAGCAAAUGUCAUGGAAGUUUUCUCAGAAUGCGGCCAUUGUAAAUAAAGCCUCAGGACGAUGUCUGGAGGUGAUGGAGGGUAAAAUCGACUUUGGCCACAGACUGAUCCUGAGAACCUGCACUGGACAAACAUGGUACUUCAAGAACGAGGUGAAGCUGUAGACCCCGCCAUGAACCUGAUCACUCACUCAUCAGACUUUGUGAAAACAUCCAUCAUAAAGGAGAGAGAAUGUACAAACACUUCGUGUUUUUUUUCCUUUUUCAUUACCUGUCUUUUGUUGUACAGCAGUCAUCUCAGACUCCUGCAGAGCCAUUAAACAUGAAACCAUUUUUUUCAGCCUGAACUCCAGAUGAAGGCACACGGUGUAAGGCACAUACUGUAUUUAUAUCCUCUACUAACAUUUUCUUUCAUUCUCUGUUUUCAAAUUCAUUUAUGUUAUUUCUACAGAUAAAAUAGAAAUAUGUCACUCACAAGGGUCAGUCCUGGAAAUUGUCAUAGGCUUGCAAACUUUAGAGGGUAUAGGUAUCUGAUCAACAGUAAAACAAUGUAAUGUCACUCCAUCUGAAUAGAACAACUUAAAUAAUCAUUUUCAUUUUCUCAUUUUGUGUUUUGCAUCUUUCUUUCUUUUUAAAGUUAUAGGAAUAACUGGUCACCAUUUACAUAUGUGUUAAUAAAAUGUGAAAGUUUUUAAUGUAUGUUUGUACAGACAUUUUUGUUUGUUAAUAAAACAAACAUGUUUGUUAAUAAAACAUUUUUACAACCUGUGUGAUGUUGUUU